AAUAUGAUGGUGUAUGUACAUUUGAUCUUCCUGUCUACCUUCCUCUCGGUUUCCAUGACAUCUGAAACAUUUGAUGCAAUGGAAGGUGAGGCUUUAGUUAUAAAAUGUCCUCGAUGGAGUUCCUCUGUGAAAGUCACCUGGUAUCACACAGAUACAAAUGAAAUGAUUCCUGCAGAAGAAGAGGGAUCGCGAAUAUUUUCCUUAGAUCGAUUUCUUUGGUUUCUGCCAACUUCUAGAGAGGAUUCUGGAAACUACACUUGUGUUAUACAUUUUUCAAAUAAUCGCACAAGGUCAUUCAACAUGAAUGUGCAGGUGCAUCCAUACAAGCAAGGAGUAUGUUUCCCAAGUCGGAUUCGUUAUCCAAAUGACACUGGAAGAGGAAAAAUUGUUUGUCCUACAAUUGACAAUUAUAAAACUGCUGCUAUCAUCCAGUGGUAUAAGGACUGUAAACCUCUUCAUGGGCAGAGAUACUUCAAGGGAGAAAAAUAUAUUUAUAUUAAGGACCCAAGAAAGGAGGAUGAUGGUUAUUAUACUUGUCAAUUUACCUAUACUCGUAAAGGAAAUGUGUUUAAUGUAUCAGCAACGAGGAUUUUCAUAAGUGGCGCAAAACACUCCCCUCUAUCUCCUAGAAUUUUAUUUCCAAAGGACAAAGAUGUAAUAGAAGUGGAGCUUGGUACUGCUUUGUCUCUGAAAUGUCAGGCCCGCCUGGGAAUUAAGAAACAGCCAUUGGCUGUUGUCACAUGGGAUGUGGAUAACAUCCCAGUGAAAGACCUAAGUGUUUCAAGAUACCACGAAAAAGCUCAUUCUUUUGAAGGACAUGAGCAAGUAUAUUACAAAGAGGCCACUUUGCAUAUUACUGAAAUAAAAAAGGAGGAUCUGCAGGCAAAUUUCACAUGUGUAGCGCUGAAUGAAAUGCACAACACUAGAGCCACAGUGACAUUGCGACUCAAAGCACAAUAUGAAGUGGGCCUUCCUAGCAUCCUUUUGAUCAUAGGAUCUCUAGUUCUGCUGGUUGCAAUAGCAGUCUCCGUGAUACUUUAUCAGUCCUUCAGAGUUGAUAUCGUCCUACUGUAUCGGGAGAUAUUUCAGCCCUACUCAGUCAAGGAUGAUGGGAAGAUAUAUGAUGCAUAUGUUAUCUACCCCAAAAACCAUACCAAUGAAGCUAAUUUUGUGGAAUAUUUUGUUUACCAAAUCAUGCCUGAUAUUCUAGAAAAUAAAUGUGGAUAUAAACUGUGCAUUUAUGGGAGAGAUAUGUAUCCUGGAGAAGAUACAGCUAGUGCAAUUGAGAAGAGGAUACAGAAGAGCAGACGUCUGAUCAUUCUUCUAACACGGCAGCUGAUUAAUUGUAGAGAACAUGCUUAUGAUCAACACCUUGCUUUAUACAAUGCCCUCAUUCUAAAUGAUAUAAAAGUAAUCCUACUGGAAAUGGAGACAAUCGGGACCUAUGAGAAGCUUCAGGAGUCUCUUAGGUUUAUUAUUAAGCAGCAAGGUACAAUCAAAUGGAAACAGCAACACACAGUGCACCCACAGUCACCCAAUUCUAAGUUCUGGAAACAGGUGAGGUACCAUAUGCCACUGAUACUCAAGUCCUCGUACUCAGCUAAUGCCAGGUGAACAGCUUAUGAAAAUCCACAAGACCACAUGCCUGCAGCUUUUUCCCUCUCAGCAGGUAUGCGUUUUCACAGUCUGGAAGUCUGGCUGUAGUUUUGAACUGUUUUCAGACCUUCAAUUGAGUAAUGAUAAGGUAAAAUGAGGGAAUAGGUCUGGGGAACUGAGGGAAGUUUUUAUA